CGGAAGAACCGUGCCAACGCACUCUCGGUUUUCAAUUCGCCUUUCGCCGUGCGGCCCGGUCACAGUCGACCAACGUGGUCGCCGGAGUCGGUGCAUGUUGCAAAAUUACCAAUUGGUUCGUUAACCCACUUCCUCAGUUGUUCGCCGCCCGCUGCGGCCGCCAUCCGGUGCGCGAGUAAUGUGAAAACAAUCUGUGCUUUCCUAAUAUUGUUUGUGACGAUCAGUAAUAAUUAUAGCCGAUGCAAGAACUUUUCGCGCGUAAUUAGCAAGUUUUCUUUCUACAAGAAUGUGAAUGUUUCAGUGAAAAAAAAAACACCUAGCAUGCCAAUAUUUUGUGCAGUGAAGUAUAUUCGUAAUUUCCUAAUGAAUUUAAGGAGACAGGUUUACAAAAAUGCUACGACGUCGAGGUACUUACACAGUUAAUGCCGAUCCAGAUAAUCGGCACAGCAAAACAAAAUACGUAGAUCCUGCUAAGUUUGUUGUGAAAAAGACAGGCAAGGACGGCUCAAAGGUGACGACUGUAGUGGCGACGCCGGGGCAGGGCCCCGACCGGCCGCAGGAGGUGAGCUAUGCCGACAUGAAACUCAUCGGUAACGGCAGCUUCGGCGUCGUCUACCAGGCCAAAUUAUGCGACACCGGCGAGCUCAUUGCCAUCAAAAAGGUGCUCCAGGACAAAAGGUUUAAGAACCGAGAGCUUCAAAUCAUGCGACGACUGGAGCAUUGUAAUAUUGUCAAAUUGAAAUACUUCUUUUACUCCAGUGGAGAAAAGGCGGCAGUGCCCGCAGCAGUGAGCUCUCUGUUAAACGCAAUGCAGUCACUUGAUGUCGCAAAAGACGAAGUGUACCUGAAUCUGGUGCUGGAGUACAUACCUGAGACCGUGUACAAAGUUGCGCGUCACUACUCCAAAGAUGAACAAACCAUACCCAUUAGUUUUAUAAAGCUAUACAUGUAUCAGUUGUUCAGAAGCCUCGCGUAUAUCCAUUCGCUGGGUAUAUGCCACCGGGACAUCAAGCCGCAGAACUUGCUGCUGGACCCGAAGACUGGAGUACUGAAGUUGUGUGAUUUUGGUUCCGCGAAACACCUCGUCCGCGGCGAGCCCAACGUCUCGUAUAUUUGCUCGCGGUACUAUCGCGCUCCGGAGCUCAUUUUCGGCGCCAUUGACUACACCACAAAGAUCGAUGUUUGGAGUGCUGGUUGCGUCGUUGCCGAAUUGUUAUUGGGGCAACCCAUAUUCCCUGGAGACUCCGGGGUCGACCAGCUCGUUGAAAUCAUCAAGGUAUUAGGCACACCGACACGAGAACAAAUACGAGAGAUGAAUCCAAACUACACUGAAUUUAAAUUCCCUCAAAUCAAGAGCCACCCCUGGGCGAAGGUGUUCCGCGCGUGCACGCCGCCGGACGCGAUCUCGCUGGUGUCGCGGCUGCUGGAGUACACGCCGGGCGCGCGCCUGUCGCCGCUGCAGGCGUGCGCGCACAGCUUCUUCGACGAGCUGCGCGAGCCCACCGCGCGCCUGCCCAACGGACGCCCGCUGCCGCCGCUCUUCAACUUCACCGACUACGAGCUCAGCAUCCAGCCCUCGCUCAACGAGUUCCUCAAGCCGCGCGGCGCCGCCGGGCCCGCCGACGCGCCGCCCGCCGCCGCCGCGCCGCCCGACCUGGCGCACGACGCGGCCGGCGCCGCCGGGGCCGCGGCCGGCGCCGGCCCGGGCGCCGCGCCCGAGCCGUCCGGCGCGCGCGCGCACUGACCGCGUCACUCCGCAGCCGGGGCCGACGGGGAGGAGGGGCAGGCGGGGGAUGCAGAGGGCUUGAGCCGCCAUAGUCGGCGGGAGGGUAGAUCCGCCGUAGAUUCCGACCCGCCGUGUGAUCACUUUGUACUUUUGUAAGCUCAAAUUGUCUCCUUGUGUACAUACCUUGAACGCGAGUUUCGGUACGUUCGUUCGGUAAACGACAGAUUAUCGUCUGGAUAAAUUGUUUUGUUUGAUUUCCACGUCGCGAUGUCGUCCGCUGUCGCUUCGACUCUGCGAGGUGGGCGCUGCGCCUGGCCGGAGUCGCCCUGAGGUAGCCGCGUGAUACUUUAGUGAGAAGUACGACGCAACCUUUGCUUGGGCCGUGUAAUAAGUAGGGAAGACAUAUUCAGUAGUGCAUUAGUGUAUUUAUUGUUGGAGUCGUAUCACUAACUCGAGAAACUUGUACGAAACGUAUGCCUAGUGUUAUUUCAACGAUAAAACUCCUUAGCAGAUGGAUUGUUUUUUUGCAUACAUAGAAAACAUACUUGUAAAUUUUUAUAACUAGUAUAAACUGAUCUCUCAGAUAAUUUAUAAUGAUAAUAUCUCAGAAUAUAAUGUAUUUGUAUAAACAUAUUUCAGAGAAUAUAAAUUUUUAGAUUUACUGCAUAUAGAUAUUUGAUUUUUUGGCUACUUCUGUCUUAGAAUUUUUCCUUUUUGCAGUUUACUUUGUCUUAUCCAGUGCUGGAUAUGUGUAUUGUACCUACGUAAUAGUACUGUCAGUGUCCUAAGAUAACGAAAUAGUUUUUCGAUAAUAUUGUAUUCUAUAUUCAAUAAAUGAUAUUUCUAUUAUAUAAAAUUUGUCAUUGAAAACACUACGGUUAUUAGUAGUCAUUUAUGGAAAUGAUGAUAAAGUAAUGCUAUAUUUCAUUGUCAUAGUUUUAAGUAUUCAAAUAAUUUCAUUUUGCACUUCGAUUUGGCAUACAAAUUAGGUGUAGACUAACAAAUGUUUUACUCAUGAUAUAGAAGUAGCCUGUUGGUGUUGGUCGGUGUGAUGUUAUUACCCAAUGCACCACUCUUACACGCAAGGGAGGCAGCCGUGAAUACAUACAAGUUGCAAAUGAUGAACAUUAUGUAUAAUCUCAUUUGGACCAAGGCGCAGAUUUGCAAAUAAUCUAUUGCACAACAUGUAGUGUUAGCUUGUGUUUUAAAUGUUUUUUCUGGAUCGGUAGAGUAUACAUUUAACGUUUGCAACUUAACACACUGUGCUGUCCUGACAUGUCGCGGAUAUUUUUACAUUCAUCGAUGAUUGUAAAUGUUUUAUUCCGAAGUGUUGACGUAAAGUUACAUACCGGUCUCGAUCAUGGGAUGAUAAACUUACAUACAUCUGUAUUGCAUAUUAUGUACCAUUGUACUUGCUAAUUACUUAUAAAUUAUUGUAUCGUUAAGAGAAGCGCUCGGCGCAUCGAUUUCAAAUCACACAUAGUGGAGCUUAGUUGUCGUCGUUAAGGCUAUUGGUUUGCUGAUACACUUUAUGAUUCGUGUAAAUAUAUUAUAAUUAUGUUUACGGUAUGACUCUGGAGCGUCGCGGAGGCCGGGGGCGGGGGGCUCGGCGCGGAGCCUCAGCGCGGCCGCUGCGACCUCAGUAAGAGAGACACGGUAGUUUAGAUACGCAUAUUUUUAUUAAGUCUAUCUAUGAAUAUGAAUUUUGUAAUCGACGUUGCUUCUAAAGACCCUUUGUGUAAAAAGUUAUAAGACAAACUAGUGACCUGAAUGUUCGAAGCGAUGUUUGAACGUCUUUUAUCCCACUGAAUUCUCACUUUCACGAUUUGCUAGCACACUUGCUACAUGAGAAUUUCGCGUAAAAACAUAGAUCGAAAUGGAGUUAUGACUUAUAUAAAUUAUUUAAAGUAAAGUUUUCAUAUUACUAUAACUGUAAAAUUAAAUUUAAUAGUGAGUGAAAUUUGUAUUUUGUUUUAAUAUUUGUUUUACUGAAUUUGAAUACGUCGUAACACCCAUAUCGUUGUUAGUUAUGAAUGAAAAAUAACAUAAUUAUAAAAGUAAAUAUUAAAUGAAUAGCAAUUA